AUGUCUGCAAAAGAAGAAACCCCAGAUGUUCAAAUGGAAGAUGCAGGAUCUCCUUCUCAAUAUGCUUUAGAUCCAGAAAAAAUAGUCAUUCUUCCAGGUGCUUCUCCAGACGGUACUGCUGCCUCUUUUCAAAUUAAAAAUGAAGAUCACACUCUGGGGAACCCUCUCAGAUACAUUAUAAUGAAAAAUCCUGACGUUGAGUUCUGCGGUUAUUCCAUCCCACAUCCCUCAGAAGCUAAGCUUAACAUUAGAAUCCAAACUUACGGCCAAACAACUGCCUUCCAGGCUCUUCAAAAAGGUCUCAAGGAUCUCGUUGAUCUCUGUGACCAUACAGAACGUCUUUUCCGACAACGAGUCACUGAGGGCAAUUAUGGCUCAGAAGAACCUAAUUAA